AUGUUCCAAUAAAACAUAAAACCCUAACCAGAUCCACAAUAAAAUGUUGGCAUCUUAGACCUCAGACUCGUCAGAGCUGAGCUAUUCAGAGAUACUGAAAUCAUCGGGUAAGUACAAAAUAAAAGAUAAAAUUUUCAAAGGAAAAUGGAUCCCUAUGUUUCGAUUGAGUACUCAGGAUAGAAAUUCAGAUCAGCAACCUAGAAGGAUGCCGGAAAGCACCCAGUUUGGGAUCAACUAUUCUAAAUGCAAGUUAUUAACUUGAAUGAUGAGUUAAUGAUCAAAGUUUAUGAUGAAAACCUAGGCACUGAUGACCUGAUUGGAAUGGCUAUUAUCAAAGUAUCCUAACUGUGCCAAAAUAAAGGAUUCUAAGAGCAAUGCUUCACAUUGAUGUUCAAGGAUAAGUAAGCCGGAAAAAUCUUACUUGAGAGUAGAUAUUCAAACAAUCAGCCACCGUUCUAAGGAAUGCCACUUUAAAGUUAAGGAAUCUCAACUUAGCAAGUGCCUUUACCUUCAUAAGCUUUUGCUGGUAGUGCCUACGAGCAAUAGAAGUUCUAGUAUAACCCAACUACUGGACAACAAUAGCAGCCACAAUUCUAUCAAACAGCAUAUGACCCUAAUAAUCCUCUAUAGUAAUAGCAGUAAAACCCAGCACUCUCAAAGAAUGUUCCAUAUCAGAGCAAUCUGCCUCAGCAAUAGCAAUAAAUUUACAGAGAUCAGCAAUUCUGA